AUGGCAUUGUUUGAUGCCGGAUUUCGCAGCAGUAUUGCUCCUAGACCAACCCGACUGGCCGCAGGAGUCAGACUGUCGUCUGAGCAAGACCUACUUCGACUUUGUGACAUCGCCCCCACCAGUUUCACCCCCCAUUACACGCAAAAGUUCGAGGACCAGGCCAAGUUCACCUCAGGCAUCUCUAGAUUUCUUACCGCCUUCCUUGCAGCUUCAAGAUCUCGGACUCCUGAUGGCCACGUUGGACAGAAAGGAGCCUGCUCUCAAGAGAAAGAGGAAUGUGGUGGAUUCAAAUCGACGACAGAGUUGCAGAAGGACCUCUGGGAGACCAUCGCCAGCGGCGUGCAGAAUCACGAACUUGCUCGAAGACUGCGGCCUUUGUGGUCGUCAAUGACGGGUCAUCCCUCUGGGAGACUUACAAAGCCUCCGGAUCAUACAGAUCAUGGGGCGCCUCUGCAAGAUGAAAAUCCAUUUUGCGAGAUUUCGAAUCUUUCCUUGCACCAGCAUUCAAGCUAUCCGUCCACUGAUGAGGAGGAUCUUUUCGAUUGCACUGCCAAGUUCGAUAGACAGGCUAAUCGAUUUCCAGGCUGCAUGCCCAUAGCCACAUAUCAGGAUAAUGACGGCAGGCACAAUGCAGUAGCAAUGGACAUUUGCGAUGCAGAAAUGGGAGAUCCCAGGUCCAAUCGAUACUGUGAAGCCGACAGCUUAGUGGAUUCACAUGACAGAAACAGAGGUCGAACGGGCAGCAUGUCACAAACGAGUGACGUGUCAACGUUUAUGACUCUCGAACAACCUAUAGAAGAGGCACCCAUAAUCGGGCAGCCCGGUGUCAUUGGUGGACCACGUUGGCUUGCCCAGCAUAUCAUCCGCACGCAUCCGCUGAGGCAGCAUGAAUCAGAAGUCUCUUUGGCUGAGCAAUGCGACCUCAACGGGAAGGGGCACAGCUUAUGUGAGAGGGCCGGCUGGCGUUGGUCAGAGGAGAGUCUGUCAAGCGAAGGGUUACUCGAAUCACAAGUGCUUGGGCCUCAAUAUACAACACCCCAAGGAACUGGCAUCUGCUCUUCUCUUGUCGACCUCCACAAACAACAACUGACCCCAGAGCUUCGGGACGCAGCGUACGGUUCAAUUGAGCACAGCAAGUGCGACAGCACGCCCAUACUUAUGUCGGCACAGCAGGGCGCUUCCUCAUCGAAUGCACCAUUGGCCGACGUUCUCGGAGAUGAUCAUUUGUUGUGGUAUAUGUGGAAGAGACGAGCCAGUGUAGCUCUCCGUGGAGAAGAAGAAGUCCAUGAAAUGAGAAAUAUGUAUGAGAUGGAUCCCGACAUGAAAGUCUUUGGGGCAGGAUGGGGGAUCGAUCUCAGUGACAUUGGUCCAGAAAGUAACGAGGAUCCUAUGCUCCAGGACAACAUGGAGAACCCAUCUCCCAUGGGGGACGACACCCAGCCACCGACGCCCACUUCAGAAAGACGGUCAUUUUUCUCACCGAUACGGUCCGCUUCCUCCUCUUCGGCCGUCGGAUCACGCAAUUCAAGCUCAAAACUUCACAGUCGAGGCAAUAUUCUGAAACGGUUCUCCUGGGGAGUCCGUAGACACGCUGUCGAGGUGACAGAGUUCGACGCGGCUAACCCAGGUGGCCGGACGAUCGAGGUGAAACGAAGAAAGACCUUGGAUGACUAUGAGAUGAUGGAUAUGGAGGCCAGCAACGAUGAUUCGAACGAGAUGCUCUUUUGA